AUGAAAGAAAGAAAUGUUAUUAAGCAAGUCUUUCCUAAUACUGCACUCACAAUAUGUUUGUUCCAUACACUAAGAACAUUUAAUCGUGAAAUUACGUGUGAUAAACGGAAUAUCACGCCCAAUGAAAGGGACACUGUAAAAGAAAUCAUUCAAAAUAUCAUUUACUGUAAGUCAGAACUGGAAUAUAACAAUUUAUAUCAGCACCUGAAGACUGUAGCACCAGAAACUGUCAUCGAAUAUUAUAAUAAAAACUGGCAUGGAAUAAGGGAUGAAUGGGUUAUAGGCCUGACUUACAUGACAGGGAAUUUCAUGAACAAAACAAAUAACAGAUUAGAGAGUUUCAAUGGGAAACUCAAUCCAGAAACAGCCUAUUCAGAUGCCACAAAUUCCUGA